CAACUAUCGAAUACUUCCGGGUGAAGGCGGCGGCGAGUUCACGCUAUUUUAAAUUGUUUUCUACACUUAAUUUCAUUCUCUAGCUGUCAUUUGACCAAAUAUCUCGGAUCGGAAUUGACAGCGACUCUUUGAGUUUUUAGCAGCCUAUGGGUACAAUAAUCUCAAAUGACUCUACAAGCAGAUAGACCCUCCUGCUGUUAAUGUUUCUAGUGAAGCCUGAAGAUGGCUAAGCUGCUACCAAACCAAGGGACACUACUCCAGAAUGAUGUUGUCAAGCUCAUCCAUGAUCAAGUGCUCUCCCUUUGCCAGUCUCAGUAUAACUUUGUCAACUCCUUGGAAAUUGACGGUAUUAUAUGCAUAUCUGUCCUCGAUUCGAAAGAACAGCAAGUGGUUAAGAUACACAAAACUCUAACAUCCGUAUCUGGGGCAGCGCAACCGAAGAAACCUGCAGAAAAUGUUAAAUCAAAAAUAGUUGCCCAAUAUUUGGAAAGAAAAACUGAACCAGAGAAAGUCCCGAAUAAUGCAGACAACUAUCAAGAUGAUAUAAGUUCAUUAGAUGAACUUCUAAGACAAACAACCCAGAAUCUUUUUCAGUUCAAUAAAGACAACACUGUAGUAAAGAACAAGAGAAAGAGAAAACAACCCAUGAAGCAGAGUCCUAAAGAAAAUGAGACAAGAAACGAAAUUGAAAUAUUUUUCAAUGAUGAUAAAGUUAAGCAAAGUAAGGAAUCUGGUAUGCCAGAGAGUCAUGAGGAAAAUGGAGUCAGAGCUCCUGGUGUUAAUCCUUUUAUUCACCCAGAUGCUGCACCGAGCCAAUCAAUGCUAGUUGUCAAUUCAGCUAUAAAUGAAACUGUUGAUACUGAUACAAAGGUUGUAGACAAGGAAUCAAAGGAAACUGAUACAAUCAUUGCUGGCAAUGUUACACCUGUCACACCACUUGUUAAGGUUAAGGAUGAACCGGUUGAUCCAGAUUAUGACAAGUCUGAGCAUGGUCAAGAUUCAUCCGAGUCUGUUACACAUUUAAAUAUACCAGAGGAAAAGACGCGGAAUGAGGUUCAAACAGGUGACAGCGUGUCUUCAUAUAAUAGUAGAUUGAUCGAUAAAAUUGUUACAAGGAAUGAAGGUGAGAGUGCAGAUCAAAAGUCAGACAUCACGGACAAUAAUGCUGCUGAGUCAAACAGGCUUCAUUCAGAGAGUCCUAUGGUAAUGGUCAAAGUUGAAAAAGAUGAUACACAUGAAUUUGGCAAUUCACAUUCCAACAAUGACACAGGCGAUGAAAUUGAUGAAACUGAUAAGACGAAAUUUGAAAAUGAACAGCAGACGAUCAAGGAUCCUUACUUUGCUUCACUAUUUGGGCUACAAAGCACAAGCUCUGGCCAAGUGACAAGUAAUACGGGUGUUGUUCCAUAUAAGAGAACAAGGAGAAAGAAAAAUAACAGAGCCACUGAUGAAAAUACGUGGAUAGAGAUGGUUAAAAAUAAUGUAACGAAAUACCAGGCAGCAUUGAAUCGGUCAGGAAGGUCAACUUCUGCCGUGAACAUCCACAAGUUGAGUCUCAAUGAGUCGGCUAGUCCAAGUUCUACCCAGAUAAGCUCUCCGAUACUUUCUAGUACUUUAAGCUCCCCUGUUCAUGCUUCUAGAAAUUCAAACAUAGUGAGUUUAUUGAAUACCCCACCGAUGGUAAAUGCUUCCCCAAUGAUGACUAACACAUCGCUAGUGAGUCCUAGAGUUGGGGCAUUAAAGGAGCAAGAAAUGAAUAAUGGGAGACCGAAGCGCUCAUCAAGUGUACCAAUGGAAACUCCUGCAGUGCCACAAAGAAGUAAAUCCCUUUCACCAACACCUGUAGUAAAAAUAGAAGUAGAUGAUACCCAUCAUGAUUAUGGUGGUGAAAGAAUUGUGGACCAAAGUGGUUUUGAGCAGCAAACAUCAACAUCCAGAGAAUCCAGUAUUGAAAAACAUUUUGGGAAACUGGAAUCAAAAUAUCCAGCAUUGUUUAACCAACUGCAAGUCCCGCAGACAUCUAGUUCCCCAUCUGGCGGGGCUACUGGGGAACAGACGGACUCGCUGCUUAAUAGAUUACCAUUCAUAUCAUUCCAAGAAAUUUUUAACACAGGGUCACCUGGCUCUUUGCCAAAGCUCAGUGAAGCUCAGACAAUGGAGCUCUUGCAAAAGGCUCGGCAAUGUCCUCCUUUCCCUCCAAGGGGAAGUAAGAAGACUAAGUCACGAUGGAAUUGGAAGAAGCGUCAGGUUCGUGACAAAAUCUUUGCAUCGGCAAGUGACGAUGUCCAUACAUCAGGAAAUAAAAUGGCCAAAAAGACUGGCAAAAGUCAGUCUGAUUCCGACAAUGAGUGGGUCCCAGGGGCCUUAAGUGAUGGAAGUAAUUCAAGUCAAGUGUAUGACCAAAAUUUGGACACCCCUAGCAAGUCCCGGCCAUCUCGUGGUAAGAAACCCAGAUAUAACUUUGCUGAAGUUGAUAAUUCAGAUAUCGAAAUGGACGACGACACUUCAAUUGAGCUGGUGUCUGCAUACUGUAGCAAAAACUGUGGUACAAUGUUCACAAACCUGCAAGAUCUCAAUAAUCAUGAAGAAUAUUGUAAAGGGGAAUUUAGUCUCUUUCAAGCGCUCACAGGAAAUGGGGAAAAAAUCAACAUUCCGUUGCAGAGUGACACCGCAGCAGCACCAUCCAGUGGAGUGAACGAAUUUAAGUGUGAAUUUUGUGGACUAGACUUUAAUCAAGAGUACCGCCUUCAGUAUCAUAAAAUAAAAGUGCAUGGUGUUCAAGCCCCAAAAACCAAGCUAUUUAGAUAAUGGUUUCCCUGUAAAUUGUGCUUACAUGUAGCAGUUUUACACGGUUCUGUGUAAUACUAUAAAGUUGUUACUUUGCGUUGUGAUUGUUGAUUUAAUAUUUGAUUUUAAUGACUUUAACGCUGGCGAUUUAUAAGUUAAAAAUCAAGUGUUCAUGUAUGAUAGUGGAAAGCUAUUCAGUAGUUACAUGUAGAUAUAUUAGAAAUGUAGCUGAGAUUUGAGUUUUAAAGUAUGGUUGUACAUUUUUAAUUUUCAUUUCAUUUAAUACAUUAUCAAGUCGAACACAAGUUAAGUUCUACUUUUUUAAUUGUUAAAUCUUUUAUUUUGCAUUUAUAUUGUUACGGUUUUAUAUCUUGAUUUUAUUUUCUAUUUGAGAAUUACUUGUAGGUAUGAUGGAAGGAUGCAGUUGUAAUUAUCUUUUUGAGAGAACUUGUAAAUGUUCAAGCUGCACUCUCACAGAUUGAUAGUUUCGACUUAUAUUUUAUAUGUCUCAGAAUCAGCUGAUUUUGCCAUCAAUGCCUUCAAUAGAGUGAUAUAAGAUAACUCACAAUAGAAUACAUCUCAAUUGUUGGAAAAAAUGCCGAAAAAAUCAUUUUCAUUAAAGCUUUAGUAACGCAUUUAACCUUAAAACAUCAAUUUUCGAGCAGAAAUAUGAAAAUCUAUGAUCUAGUCUUUUUGAGUAGUCUUAUUUCACUGGUGUCUAGACAUUUUUGCAAGAACGGGCUCAUUCCAAGAUAAAAAAUAAAAUAGUUGUCAAAAUGGUCAAUCUGUGAGAGUGAAGCAUUAACAGGAAUAUGUAUACAAAAGGAUAACCUAAAAUCUUUAUAAAUAUAUAUAAAUUGCUAUUAGAACCUAAGUAAUUGAUAACAACAUUUUAAAAUGACAAUUAUGAUAAAAUAUAUCAAAAUUCCUUUGUUUUUUUUGGUCAUAUAUGUCUUAAUAAAAGUACCAAAAAGUCUAGUUUUAGUAUCACCAGUCAACAGUUUUACAUGAUUGUGAUCUUUAUGGGGACAUUUUAAUUGUUAUAGGCUUUUUAAUUUAACGAAAAGAAAUUUGUAUCAUUAUCUAAGUAUUAAAUUCUAUGAAAUGUGGGGGAGGGGGGGGGGGGGUCAUAUUGGGGGUAUAUUGAAGGUCAUCCAAAGCAAUUCAGGACCAUCACACAAUGUGGUAACAUAACUCUGUAACAUCCCUAAUACAAAUUAUGGCCCUUGAUUGACUUCGGAACUAAGGUUAAAGUUUCAGGGCACAUUGUGUCAUAUUUAAGAUUGAGGGCAAGUUGGUACUUUUAUUGUUAACUUCUAUACCCUUCAUUUAAUUGACUUAAUACUUUACAAAAUUAUUGAAGAUCAUAUUACAAUGAGGUUUUAUAACUCCAUAUUAGCCCGAAAAUUGCAAAUUAUGGCCCUUGAUUGCCUUUUUUCACAAAGUGAAACCUUGUUAUUAGAAUGAUGUGUGUCAUUGUUCAGAUGGGUGGGCGGGAGAGCGACGACAAAUUCAACUAUCGGUAUCAAAUAAAUUUAAUUAGGGUUGACAUAUACUGACCAAACUUGGUAUUUAGGGAGAGUUUAUGAAGACCUUUCAUGGGAUAGUGUUUGGAGCCUCUAGGAUCAAAGUCAAGGUCAAGAUCACUGUUGAUAUAUAUAGAAAAAUGGUUUGUACUGAAUAACUUUAGUUAGGGUUGACAUAUUGCAACCAAACUUAUAUAUCGGAAGAGCUUCUGGAGACCUUCAAUGGGAGUGUGUUUUGGGCUCUGAGAGUCAUGGUCAAGGUCACUGUUGCUAAAAAUAGAAAAAUGGUAUGUACUGAAUAACUUAAGUUGGAGUUGACAUAUUGUGACAAAACUUGGUAUGUACAUGUAGAAAGGUUUAUAAAAGACUUCCAUGGUAUUGCGUUUGGGGCCCCUAUGGUCAGGGUCACUGUUACUAAAAAUAGGGAAAAAACCCAGUUGAAACUGAAUCUUAGAACAAAGGCUGAAGUUCUUCUGUCAAUCAUUAAAAACCUGGUGUCGCAUUGCGGCGUUUUCUUGUUUACUUUUGAAUUUAACUUUUUUUAUUGCCUUCGACAGGCACAUCAUUAUUUUAUUCGUUUCUAAAACAAAGCGACAUUUAGUCCAGCGUGCUGUCCUGCAACAGCUCUUGUUUUGUGGGAUUCAGAUUGCCCAUUAGUCUGCUUAAAAAAAAACACAAAAAAAACAUUACCUGCUUGUAUUGCUGUUGUCAUUUUUAAAGACUUUGUUUCUGAUCUCAAAAAGUCAUGUUUGAUUUUAUUUUAAGGACAUAGACUACUAUAUAGUAUAACACUACUGUAGUAUUGUUUUAAUAAAAAGUUGAUAGUUGUACAAAACCUUGUAUGAAUGUUACUGUUGAUGUCUUUUAGAAUCAUAUUUUAUGGUAUGUUUGUCUUUUUUAGAAGUAGUCAACAUUAUUACUUUCUUAUAUGGCUGUCUAAAUGCAAAAAUAAAUGCAGAUACAUAUUUUGUUAUUUGAGUAUCUAAAUUAAAAAAAAUUGUAUUGUGCUGUCUACUAUGUAUACACAUGUACAUUAAAACAU